CUCUCCUCCCACACAACUCCAGCCAUAUAAACAAAACCCGUUACAUUUGUACUGUUGUUAUUUUUUUGUCCGUUUCCUGGAUUCUCCAAGUCGGUUGGAGUUCUACCCAGCCAGGCGCGCAGGAGAGACAUGGCACACAGCGAGAACCAACAGUCGUCCUUUUCUGAUAUAAUAGAAUUAAACGUCGGCGGGCAAGUGUAUGUAACUCGACACGCAACUUUAGUCUCCGUCCCAAACUCUCUCCUGUGGACUAUGUUCAGACAGAAGAACCCUACAGAACUACCGAAAGAUCGCAAAGGACGAUACUUCUUUGACCGGGAUGGAUUUCUGUUCAGGUAUAUUCUGGAUUAUCUGCGGGAAAGGGACAUCGUUUUACCGGACUUCUUCAAAGAGAGAGGUCGGUUACAGAAGGAGGCAGAGUUCUUCCAGCUGCAUGAGCUCUCACAGCGUCUCAGACGGACAGUGAGUAAAGACGUCUCUCCCGGGGACGAGCUGGGCGCGCACGGGGACCCGGAAGAGGCUUCGCUUGCGUGCGCUCUGAGUAGUAGCAGUAUCACGGCGACGGCCGUGAGCAGCCCGACACCGAGCCUUCCUUCCCCGUUCCAGAAGCAUGGCUUUAUUACCAUUGGUUACCGGGGCUCCUACACCAUCGGGAGGGAUAUUCAAACGGACGCCAAGUUCAGACGAGUGGCCAGAAUAACGGUUUGCGGAAAGACGUCCCUGGCCAAAGAAGUUUUCGGAGAGACUCUGAACGAGAGCAGAGACCCGGACAAACCACCUGAGAGGUACACCUCCCGGUAUUAUCUGAAGUAUAAUUUUCUCGAGCAGGCGUUCGACAGGCUCGCGGAGGUCGGUUUCCACAUGGUGGCUUGCAGCUCCACGGGGACGUGCGCGUACGCGAGCAGCGACCCGAACGAGGACAAAAUCUGGACCAGCUACACCGAAUACGUGUUCUCCCGGGACUGACCAACCCGUUCCGUUACCCGGCCGUUAGGUAGCCUUACUACCCGACGGUACUGGGACAGUGACGUCAUGUGACGCUCACCUGUACGGUAGAGAGACUACCUGCGGAAAUGUGAAAACUCCUCUGUCUUCUUUAUAUUGUCCCCAUGUGAUUGUGGGAAAGGUUAAAGGUUACUGAGGAUUAUUCUGAAAGUAUGGACGUGGUUGGUUGUUGAUUUUCCGAGGCCUAUAUAAGUCUAACGGAGGUAUAUUUCCUGUUGCAGACCAGUCUAUAUUAUACAGUUAUACUGACUGUUGUUCUCAAUGUUGUUCUACUAACAUGCCAACACACACACACACACACACACACACACACACA